GUCAUUAUGCAGACGAAGUUCGAAGCGAACGCACGUUCAAAAAGGAACAGCACGCUAGUAGCACGUAAAUAAUCAGCUGAUUCACGUUAUAUUUGGCGGUUCCUUCUGAUAUCACAACAUGUUGAGUUACUGUUAAAAUACAGAUCAUCAGCUUUACAAUGGACAAGAUUGAUAGUUUUCAUGAUAUAAUAUCUGACCUACCAGAAGGUUUCAAACCAAUUAGUCCAGAGCCAGAUCUUGUUGAUGAACAGAACAAUGAACAUGGUGAAGUUGAAGAUUCCAGUAAUUCAUCAUUACUGCAGCCAGGUAUUGAAGAUGAUUUUACAAAUGAUCAGAGCACACCAAAGAGAAAACUUUCAAGAGAUAUAAAUGAUUUAAGUGAGCUAGAUAGACAUUCCAAUUCAGUUGGUCAUAGUCCUCCAAAAAUUGAAAGAAGGGAAGUUUCAGAUACCUCAUUUCCUGGUGAUUUUCAUGGCGCUUUUGACAUUCAUUCAGAAAGUCAGAUAAGUACCCAGACAUUUUCUCCAUUGAACACAAGUGUAAACCAGCUAAGUACAAUUUCGACUCUUGCUGCUGUUCCGGUACCAGAUAUAAACACUUCUGUAUCAAAUGAAGCUGAAGAUAUUGUGAGAAAAUUAUGUAAAAACGGAAAAGUGAUGGAGUUCCAGGAAGGAGAAGAUUUUAUCAAAGUUAUUGUUUAUGAAGACUCUGAGGAGGAUUCAGACAAAGAAAAUAAUCCCAGGUUCAGCAACAAACAAAGGGUUGCAAACGCCACAUCACAACCAGGAUGUAGCCUGGGAUCAGAACAAACAUUCUGUCCCCCUACACAGAUACUUCCAACAUCUGAAGCUGCUAUGGCUGGGAUACCGAUGGACAAACAAAUGCUACAUCAUACCCCACAUCCACGGAAUGGUUACAUGUUCUAUAAUCAUGAUGGUACUCCUACAUUAGCUGACCAGUCCACUGCAUCUGCAAAACUUAGGAAGACUGCAACAAACACCUCCACUCCCUCUACUCAGAUGAAUUUUGGAUUUGGAGUGACACCUGUUUCCAACAGAACAAAUGUACCAUUGAAUAGCAGUGGAGAAGAAAAUACAAGCCCUACAGAGCCCAUACAUACCCCAACAUCACAACAGCUGCAGAACCGUGUGAGGUCAUUGAUCAAUCUACCCCAGUAUCAGUUUAUUGAUGAUAAUGGCAAGAUCAGAGAGCAACAUAACCAGAAAGAGAGGAGGAGAAGAGCAAGAAUCAAGGAAGCGUGUAACUUAUUACGUCAGCUUGUACCCGGCAUGUCAGAUAAAACAGACAAAGCCACUGUGUUCGAAUUUGCUGCAAGAUAUGUUCACUUUCUCAAGUCUCACACUGGAGCACAGUUUGAUAAGGAUUUUCUGAUGAAAUAUUCUCCAUACUGAACUACAGAUGAAGAUUUUCAGGAAAAAGAAAUAUUUGCUUUUGAUUAUAACAACUUAGUAUGUGGAUCAUAUCUUAUUUCUAUUCCUAUGUAGUAUGUGAUGUUAGGACAGUUUUAUCCCUGCCCCUUGAAGUGAUCAAGGAGAGGUUUCUCUUUUGAAUUUGCAACACAGUGUUUGUCGAUUUAAAACCAUAUAUAAAUGGGUUUUUUAUUCCAAGAACAUUGCUGGUUUUUGUUGAAACUUCAUGUUCUGUGCUUACUUUUAAUAUUGCAGUCAUUUUCAAAGCCGCUGACAUUUAAACAAUAUGUGUAAUAUUAUGCUAGCUUUACUCUCCACAGCACACUAUGUUAGAUUUUGAUAAGUUUUUGAAGACAGCAUGAUUCCUCAUUUUUAGUCCAGUGAUUAUAAUUAUCAUUGUUUGUUGUUAUGGAACAGUUUCUUAUAUAAUGGAUCAACAUGUUGUUACUGUCCUGUAUAUUUUUUUUUGUCUGUACGUAUGUCCUAAACAAUGGAGAUAAAUUAACCCAACAUUGGCAGGAAUGAUACUGUACAUGUGUCAAAAUUUUAUUCAAAUAACUUGUUUGUACGUUUCUUAAUAUUUUUGUUAUGAUUUUAAGCAAGUAAGGGGUAGUGAUCAAGAAGCAAAAAAUGUUGUGCUUACUGAAUAUUUGUUAGAUUUACAAACCUAUAUAUUUAUUUUCGCAGUCGUAACUUUUUAAAAGACAAACAAAAAUGUGUGUUCUGUUUCCGUGAUGUUAUUUAUGCAUGAUAAGAACAAAUUGCAGACAUACAGGUAUCAACACACGUUUUCACAAUGCAUGUCUAUGGGAAAAUUACAUUUUUACCCCCCCUUUGAAGAAGUGGGGGUAUAUUGCUUUGCUCCCGUCAGUUGGUAAAGCAAACGGUUUCCGCCUUAUAAAUUAAGAACCGUUUGACCCAGAACCUUCAAACAUGGCAACUUGAUUGAGCGUAUGAUGUAUAUGACCUCUUUAGUUUGUUUUGGGGGUCAAAUGUCAAGAUCACAGGGGCUCAUUAUACCACUAACUCUAGUACCUUGUAUCUUUGUAACAUGAUUUAAUUUAUUCAGUAGAUGACCCUGUAGUGUUUAGGGUAAGUAGGUCAAAGGUCAAGAUCACAGGAACCUGAACCUUGGUCAUUUCACAGGGUUCAAAGGUCAUUUUAGAGCUUGCCUGGGUUGUAACUUUGCCAUGUAUAAAACAAUCUGUAUUUAUUCGGAACAAAUGUUUGCCCCAUUGUGAUGGGAGUGUUGUGCUCAACUCCUAGACCCCUACCUCUAAGGUCAAGGUCACACUUAGGAGUCAAAGGUCAUUUAAGGGUUUCUUGCCAUAACUUUGAUAUGCAUUGAACAAUCUUAUUUUUAUAUAAAUGUUUGCGUCAUUGAGACAGUGUCGUGCACAAACCACUGGCCCCUAUCUAAAGGUCAAAAUCACACUUAGGGGUCAAAGGUCAUAUUAGGUCGUAGGCCAUAACUUUGACAUGUAUUAAUCAAUCUUUUUUUUAUUUGGCAGAUCCCUUUUUUUGUGGACUUUUAUUAUAGAUUUACUUCCUUUUGUUGUCGAGCCCGCUUGUGGUGAGCUCGAUAUAGUCGCCACUUUCGGUGUAUGUGCGUGCGUGCGUCCGAUUUUGUCCAGACCAUAACUUUGACAUGCAUGGACCAAUCUUGUUUAUAUUUGGCAUGAAUGUUUACCUCAAUGAGAAGGCUUGCGCAAACCCCAUGUUCCUAUCUCAAAGGUCAAGGUCACAGUUGGAGUUCAAAGGCCAAAUUGAAGUUUGUCCGGAGCAUUUCUUCUUCAUGCAUGGUGGGAUAUUGAUGGAACUUGGCAUGAAUGUUCACCAUUAUGAGAAAGAGUGUCAUGCGCAAGAAGCAGGUCCCUAGGUCCAAGGUCAAGGUCACACAGAGGUCAAAGAUGCUGGCGGGCUCAACAUUCUGCCCGUGGGCAUACUUGUUAUUACUAUAAAUAGCUUAUUUUUCUGUGGACUGGUAUAUCAUGCACCAAAGGCAAUGGGAUGUUCCUUGGAUGGUCUCCUUUAAAAAUUGUUCAAAGAAUUGAAUUCCAUAUAAAACUCUGGUUGCCACGGCAACCGAAAGGAAAAACUUUAAAAAUCUUCUUGUCCAAAACCACAGGUCUUAGGGCUUUUAUAUUUGGUAUGUAGCAUCAUCUAGUGCUCCUCUACCAAGGUUGUUCAAAUUAUUCCCCUAGGAUCAAAUAUGGCCCAGCCCUGGGGGUCACAUGGUUUACAUAGACUUACA